AUGGACAAGCUAGUCGUGAACUACUACGAGUACAAGCACCCUAUAAUUAAUAAAGACCUGGCCAUUGGGGCCCACGGCGGCAAAAAAUUCCCCACAUUAGGUGCUUGGUAUGACGUUAUCAACGAGUAUGAAUUUCAGACGCGUUGUCCUAUUAUCUUAAAGAAUUCUCACAGAAAUAAACAUUUUACGUUUGCCUGUCAUCUGAAAAACUGUCCGUUCAAAGUCUUGCUGAGCUACGCUGGCAAUUCUGCCUCCUCAGAGGCUUCGUCCCCGUCUGCUAGUAACAAUGCGAACCCUUCAGGCCCUCCGGACCACAUUCAUCACCAAAGCGAUAACAUUGACGACGACGACGAUAAUGGCCAUAACAAUAACAAUAAGAUCGGGAAUGACAGUAAACUCGAAUUCGUUACAGAUGAUCUUGAAUAUCAUCUGGCAAACACUCAUCCAGACGAUGCCAAUGAUAAAAUGGGGUCGAGAAACAAUGAUGUGGGGGAGAACAAUGACGAUGACGCUGAUGCGAACAACAUUUUCAAACAGCAAGGUGUGAAUAUCAAGAACGAUACCGAAGAUGAUUCGAUAAAUAAGUCUUCCAUCGACCAGAACUUAGUGGACGCCAACGUUUCUGCUUCUGGCAGUGGCAGCCGUAACCACGACAACAAUGACGAGGACGACGUCCAUACUCAAAUGACGAAGAACUAUUCAGAUGUAGUGAACGAUGAAGACAUCAACGUUGCCAUCGCUAAUGCUGUUGCCAACGUAGACUCUCAAUCAAACAAUAAGCAUGACGGCAAAGACGACGGUGCCCCCAAUAACGAUGAUGACAACGAUAGCAAUAUUAACAAUGACAAUGGCAACAACAACGCUGGUAACCAUGAUGUUUCGUCGCACUCACCCUCUUCGAUACGAGACACUCCUAUGAAUCUAGACGUCUUCAAUUCAGCUACCGACGAUAUUCCAGGCCCAUUCGUUGUGACCAAAAUUGAACCUUAUCAUAGCCAUCCACUAGAAGAUAACCUGUCACUGGGGAAGUUCAUCUUAACCAAGAUCCCCAAAAUUCUACAAAAUGAUUUGAAAUUUGACCAAAUACUAGAAAGCUCGUACAACAGUUCUAAUCACACUGUAAGUAAAUUCAAAGUUUCUCAUUAUGUGGAGGAAUCCGGUCUUUUGGACAUUUUAAUGCAAAGGUAUGGCUUAACAGCUGAGGAUUUUGAAAAAAGAUUACUGUCUCAAAUUGCCAGACGCAUAACCACAUACAAGGCAAGAUUUGUUCUGAAAAAGAAGAAGAUGGGCGAAUAUAAUGACCUACAACCCUCAUCAUCUUCCAAUAACAACAACAACAAUAACAACAACAACGAUGACGAACUGUCUAACGCAAACAUGAGAAAUAAUUCCAUUGACUAUACUAAACAUCAAGAAAUCUCCAGUGCGGGGGUUUCGUCAAACACAACUAAAAAUGAGAACGACAUAAAUAACAACAAAAAUGACAACACCAACGUCAAUAGCAACAACAGUAGUAACGAUACUUCCAAUCUAAUGGAGGGAGUAUUAGACAAAACAUCGAGUCACCGUUAUCAACCCAAGAAGUUGCCCAACGUUAAUAAAUGGAAUAAACCAGAUCAAAUAACACAUUCUGAUGUAUCCAUGGUUGGAUUGGAUGAGCCGAAUGAAGGCGGUAACGAAAAUGUCCAUCCAACUUUGGCGGAAGUGGACGCCCAAGAAGCUCGAGAAACGGCUCAACUGGCCAUAGACAAGAUCAAAUCGUACAAGAGAUCGAUUGAUGACAAGAACAGAGACGGCUACCAUAACUCGUCAAGAAACGUGGUAGAUGAAAAUCUAAUCAAUGAUAUGGAUUCGGAAGAUAAUCAUAAGUCAAAAAGACAGCAUUUAUCGGAUAUCACGCUGGAGGAAAGAAACGAAGAUGACAAACUACCGCAUGAAGUGGCGGAACAGUUAAGGUUGCUAUCCUCACACUUGAAAGAGGUGGAGAAUCUGCAUCAGAAUAACGAUGAUGACGUGGACGACGUGAUGGUGGAUGUGGAUGUAGAAUCGCAGUAUAAUAAGAGUUCGGCUAGCCACCAUAGUCAGCCUCACCACGAUCAAGAAGAUGUUGCUGGAUUAAUGGGGAAACCCGAUGAUGAUGAUGACGACGAUGAUCUUUCCGACGAAAAUAUCCAACCUGAAUUAAGAGGUCAGUAA